UUUUUUUGUGGCUUCUGUGUCAGCCUCUUUCAACUAGAAUUUAUAACAAAUAAUUGUCCACUGUCUCUGAUUUAAUUUUCAACUUUGUUAAAUUUAUUGUUGCACGAAGAUGCCUCCAAAAAAGGCGCCAGCGGGUCCGAGCAAAAAAACGGAGCAAAAGAAGAAGGAGAAGGUCAUCGAGGAUAAGACGUUUGGUCUAAAGAACAAGAAGGGCAACAAGCAGCAGAAGUUCAUCCAGCAAGUACAGAAACAGGUGCAGGCCGGUGGUCAUCAUCCGCGACAGGAAGGCGACAAGAAGAAGGAUGAGAAGGAGAAGAAAUUGGCCGAUCAGCGUGAAUUGGCGAUGAUCUUCAAGCCGGUGCAGACGCAAAAAGUGGAGAAGGGCACCGAUCCCAAGUCGGUGGUGUGUGCGUUCUUCAAGCAGGGCCUCUGCACAAAAGGCGACAAGUGCAAAUUCUCUCAUGAUUUGACCCAGGAGAACAAGGUGGAGAAGCGAUCGAUGUAUGUUGAUAUGCGUGAUGGCGACGACGAUCUGAUGACAAACUGGGACGAUGCCAAGCUCAAGGAGGUCGUCGACAAGAAGCAGUCGGGCGAAAAGCAACGACCCACAACGGAUAUUAUUUGCAAAUUCUUUUUGGAAGCGGUGGAGAAAUCAAAGUACGGCUGGUUCUGGGAAUGUCCCAAUGGUGAGAAGUGCAUCUAUCGGCAUGCGCUUCCACCUGGCUAUCAGCUGAAGCGGGACAAGAAGAAGGAGGACAAACCGACGGAGAUCUCGCUGGUCGAUCUUAUUGAGAAGGAGCGUGCUGCGUUGGGACCGAAUCAGACGCGCGUCACAUUGGAGUCCUUCCUCGCCUGGAAGAAGCGCAAACUGCAGGAGAAAAAGGAGAAACUUGUCGCCGAAGAGGAGCGCAAGAAGAACGACUACAGCAAGGGCAAACAAUUUGGUAUAUCGGGUCGCGAAAUGUUCAGCUUCAAUCCCGAUCUGGUCGACGAUGGUCCCAUGGAGGAUGGUGACGCUGCCUUCGAUAUCUACAAUCGUGACGAAGAUGACGAUGAUAAUACGGUCGAGUUUAAGGAACUCGAUUUGGCCGCACUCUCGCUGGCGGCAAAGGAGGUGGACGGAUCCGGCACCAUUGCGUCCAGCACAAGAUUGCUUGAUCAGGCAACUGAAGCAGCGAAAACCGCACAGGCCGAGGAUGCGGCGCCAGCUGCUUCAAGCGUUGAUAGUGAGCCCGCCAUCAAUAAGGAUCUGUUCGUUGAUCUUGAUCUGGGCGAUCUGGAUGAUAUAGAUCUUGACGACGACGAGGACGAUUAGGCAGCCCGAUUAGCCAGCGAAUUUAACGCAUUGUUAAAGUUUUGAUAUUUGAAUUGAAAUGCAGCAUAAACACACAAACACACACCUAAUGAAUUCUGCCUUUAGCAACUUUCGAUCAAUAAAAUUGUGGCUUUCACAAGUUCGCUAAGAAAUGUA